CCGCUUGCUUUCCGUAAAACCGUGUCAGUGAUAUUUGAAAUGUCACUUUUAUCUCCAACCGCAGUUCGGUUUUCCCCGCUAGGAACACGUGACUUUAAAAACCUUCUGUCUCAUAUGCGAGUCAGUGUAUGCUGCGCUCUCUCUCUCUCUCUCUCUCUAUAUAUAUAUAUAUUUCUGAUCACACCCUCUUCUCUUCACUCAAAAUCUCUCUAAAUUCUUGUCUGCAUUUUAACCUAAAUCUCUCUCUCUCUCUCUCUCUCAUUCCAACCAUGGUUUUCUCUCUCCUUCUGUCUGUGAUAACUUUAGGGUCUUUGAUCUUAUCUCUGUUAUCUUCGUUAUCGUUGUUUUUCAAUAAACUACAUCUUAAAAUCAGAAAAUUUGCGCUGUAUUCUUGUCCAAGCAUUGGCUGCCUCAUUGCUUUCUACAAGAAUCGCCGCCGCUUGUUGGAUUGGUACACUGAGCUGUUAUCGCAGUCGGAGACGCAGACGAUCGUCGUGCACCGCCUCGGUGCUCCAAGAACGAUCGUCACAGCAAAUCCGGACAACGUUGAGUAUAUUUUGAAAACCAAUUUCGCCAACUUUCCGAAGGGAAAACCCUUUACUGAAUUGCUGGGGGAUUUUCUGGGCCUAGGGAUUUUCAACGUUGAUGGUGAGAAGUGGAGCAUCCAGCGCAAGUUAGCCAGCCACGAGUUCAGUGCCAAGUCUUUGAGGGAAUUCGUGGUCAAAGUUCUUGAAGAUGAAGUGGAGAGUAGAUUGAUUCCCAUUCUUGAUGAUGCUGCGGAAAAUGACAGGAUCAUAGACAUGCAGGAGGUGUUGAGGAGAUUUGCUUUUGAUACUAUUUGCAAGGUCUCACUUGGGAUGGACCCUCUGUGUUUGGACCUUGCCCGGCCUCCCCCGCCUCUCGCUUCCGCAUUCGACGCCGCUUCCGCUAUCUCUGCCAUGCGCGGGACGGCACCGGUCUUUGCUGUGUGGAAACUGAAGAGAACUUUGAAUGUGGGCUUGGAGAAAGAGCUGAAAGAGGCUGUGAAGCUUGUUCAUGGCUGCGUUGAUGAGAUGAUUAGGUCCAAGAAAGGAACGAUGGGUGGGAAUAGCGGCGGCGAUCUUCUGUCGAGGUUCUUGGAAUCUGGGCUUGAUGAUGAGAUGGUGAGGGAUAUGGUGAUAAGUUUUCUGAUGGCGGGAAGGGACACCACCUCGGCAGCCGUGACGUGGUUGUUCUGGCUGCUGACGGGCCACCGGGGAAUUGAAAAACAGGUGGUGGACGAGAUUACAUCUAUGAAGAAUGGCGGGGAACAACUGGGCUUCGAUGAUCUGAAAGGAUUGAACUUUAUCAAGGCUUGUUUGUGUGAUGACAUGAGGCUUUAUCCGCCGGUGGUGUGGGACUCCAAGCAUGCGGUGAAAGACGACGUUUUGCCGGACGGAACACCGGUUUACAGAGGAAACCGGGUCACGUAUUUUCAAUACGGAAUGGGAAGGAUGGAGGAGGUGUGGGGUAAGGACCGGCUGGAGUUUAGACCAGAGCGUUGGCUGGACGAGAGUGGAAUGGUGAAAAUGGUGAGCCCGUACAAAUUUGCAGUGUUUCAGGCCGGUCCAAGAGUGUGCCUUGGGAAAGAAAUGGCUUUCAUCCAAAUGAAAUAUGUGGUGGCAUCGGUUCUGCGCCGGUUUGAACUCCACCCAGUUCGAUCAGAGCCACCGGUUUUCGUUCCUCUGCUCACCGCUUAUAUGGGCGGUGGGUUCAAUGUUAGGGUUCAGCGGAGAGGGCAGCAGUGAAGAAAGUGAUGUAUGGUUAGGUUCAAUUGAUCCGUUGUGGAUUUUGUUCUUGUUUCUUUUUUUUUUUCUUUAUAUUUUUCUUUUAUUUUUUGAUUGACUUAUUAUUGCUCUAUAACGAAUUAAAAAAAAUAGU